AUGGGAAAUAAAGGACGUGGAGCAUCGAGAACACAAUGGUGGUGGAUCGCCUCUAUUGUCUCGUUUAUUUUCCUGUGGAGCAGAGCUUCGGCACAGAUCAGAUACUCGAUCGCUGAGGAAGCUAAAGAAGGAACUGUUGUCGGGAAUAUAGCCAAGGAUUUGGGAUUAGAGAUGACCGCGCUGAAAGAGAGAGGAUGUCGGAUCGUUGAGGGCUCAACAGAAUCAUUUUUCCACGUUAACCAGAACGACGGGAUCUUGUAUAUUGACCGAACAAUAGACAGGGAGAAGGUUUGUGAGCGGAGUAGUGUGUGCUUGAUAAACCUCAAAACUGUGCUGGAAAACCCUCUUGAAAUUCAUUACGUGACCGUGGAGGUGUUGGAUGUGAACGAUCAUUCUCCCGGCUUCUCCAGCACAGAGUUACGUCUCCAAAUUUCAGAGUCAGCUUUACCAGGCUUGCGCCUUCAGCUGCAGGCAGCACACGACCCGGAUGUUGGCCAGUUUUCGGUCAAGGAGUAUAAACUUAGUAAUAAUGAUCAUUUUCGCUUGGAAGUCAAAGAUCGUGGAAAAGAUGGAAAAAUACCCGUGUUAGUUUUACUGAAGACGCUAGACAGGGAAACAAAGAAAAAUCACAAGAUGCUUCUUACAGCUACUGACGGAGGUAAACCAGGUAAAUCCGGAACAGCGGAACUUAUUAUUGACGUCUUGGACAUCAAUGAUAACAUGCCGGUUUUCACAGACGACACUUACACAGUAUUCCUGGAGGAGAAUUCUCCAACUGGCACAACAAUUAUAAAAGUAAACGCCACGGAUUUAGAUGAGGGAUCCAAUGGUGAGAUUAUCUAUUCACUGGGCAAUAACGUGAAUAGAAAAAUAAGUGAACUAUUUCGCAUAGAUCCAAAUACAGGUGACAUUAUCGUUCAAGAGUUGAUAGAUUUUGAAUUAGGUGAAAGUUAUGAGAUUGAUAUACAAGCGUCCGAUACAGGAUCAGCCCCUUUCAGGACAGACAAAAGUGUGCUGGUAAAUAUUGUUGAUUUGAAUGAUAACACACCACAGAUAGAGGUUACAUCAUUUUCAAAGGCAAUACCAGAGGACGCAAGAUUGGGAACCACAGUGGCAUUAAUUAGUGUUCUUGAUAAAGACUCUGGUUUAAACGGGAAAGUAAUUUGCUCAUUUGUAGAGGAUGUGCCAUUCACGUUAUCGCCUUCAACACAAGACAACAUGUACUCGAUAGUCACAAAAUCACGCCUGGAUAGGGAAAAGCAGUCAAUAUAUCAUGUUACAAUUGUUGCAAAGGAUGCAGGUGAACCAUCGUUAUCUUCUGAAAAAUCUAUAACUGUUGUUAUAUCGGAUGUGAAUGAUAACAGCCCAGAGUUUCUAAUGAGUCCUUACACGUAUUACGUUGCUGAGAACAACUCUCCAGGAGCGUCCCUAUUUUCUGUAAGAGCAUCUGACCACGACGAGGGUGACAAUUCUCGCGUUAUAUAUCAUAUUCUAAGAAAUGGAAAAGAUAAUUCUAAACUAAAUUCAUUCAAUCUGAAUAUUAACUCUGAGAACGGAGACAUAAUAGCGCUAAAAAGUUUCGACUUUGAAACACUGAAAACUUUCCAGUUCCACGUUGCUGCGUCAGAUUCUGGAACUCCGUCACUGAGCAGCAACGUCACAGUGAACGUGUUCAUUCUGGAUCAGAACGACAACGCUCCAGUCAUCCUGUAUCCAGUCAGCUCCAACGGUUCUGCUGAAGGUGUGGAGGAGAUUCCCCGCAAUGUGAACGCUGGACACUUGGUGACUAAAGUCAGAGCCUAUGACGCUGAUAUAGGAUAUAACGGCUGGUUACUGUUUUCACUGCAGGAAGUUACUGACCACAGUCUCUUUGGUUUGGACCGCUAUACAGGACAGAUCAGAACACUUCGCUCAUUCACAGAGACAGACGAGGCUGAGCACAAGCUGCUCAUACUGAUCAAAGACAAUGGGAACGUGUCACUCUCAGCAACAGCUACUGUCAUCGUCAAAGUCGUGGAGUCCAAAGAGGCUUUUGCAGCUUCUGAUGUUAAAAGUUCAACAAAAGCAGAUGAGGACAAUAAUGUGACCUUUUACCUGAUGAUAACUGUGGGCUCAGUUUCAGCUCUUUUAUUCGUCAGUAUCAUCGUGCUGAUUUCAAUGCAGUGCUCAAAGUCCACAGACUACACUUCUAAAUAUCUGCCAGAGCCUAAUUAUGAUGGGACACUGUGUCACAGCAUCCAGUACAGAUCUGGAGACAAACGCUACAUGUUAGUUGGACCCAGGAUGAGUAUAGGAUCUACUAUAGCCCCAGGAAGCCAUGCCAAUACACUAAUGCUACCUGACAGGAGGGGGAUUACUGGAGAGGUGAGUAAAUAA